CCGCGAGUCUGCGCGCUCCGGGGGCGGCGGGCGCGACGGCACGGUGCGGCGAGGCGCCUCGGCCGCGGCCGCUCAGUCCGACGCCCAGCGCCGCGACGCUAUGACGUCAGCGCGCCGCCCGCUCGCCAGCCGUCCGACCGAGCCGCUGCUGCCGUCGCCGCGCCUGCUGCCACUGCUGCGCCCACGACUCAUGAAUGGGAAGCCGUCCGAGGCUCGGCGCAGCCUGUCUCCGCGAGUGCCUUGCCCUCCCGGCGUGCUCCGGGGUUAAGCGCCGCGUCGAGCCAGCAGAGCUGUGGGUCCGCGGCAGGCCAGCCGCAUAACGCGGUUCCGACCGCGAACUCAGGCCUGCGGCAGUGUGUGCGCGAGCCGCCAGCUGGGCCACUCGUUGCCGCGACUGGGCGACGGGCGCGGCGAGCCUUUAUUUUUAAACGAGCGCAGCGCAGCCGCUGACACGCAGCCAAGAGAGUAUAAUUAAGAGGCACGGAGAAAAAAGAGGCUUCGAGCGAGGUUCGAGCAGCAGAGCGAGGCGAUCAGCAGGCCGGCCGCAGGCCGACGACGAGCUGGCGCCGCAGCCAAGAUGGGCAAAAAGAACAGCAAGCUCAAGCAAGACACCAUCGACCGAUUGACCAGCGACACGUACUUCACCGAGAAGGAGAUUCGGCAGUGGCACAAGGGUUUCCUGAAGGACUGCCCCAACGGACUGCUCACCGAGCAGGGCUUCAUCAAGAUCUACAGGCAGUUCUUCCCGCACGGGGAUCCGUCCAAGUUCGCCUCGCUGGUCUUCCGGGUGUUCGACGAGAACCACGACGGCAGGAUCGAGUUCGAGGAGUUCAUCCGGGCGCUGUCGGUGACGUCGCGCGGCAACCUGGACGAAAAGCUGCACUGGGCGUUCCGGCUGUACGACGUGGACAACGACGGCUUCAUCACCCGCGACGAGAUGUACAACAUCGUGGACGCGAUCUACCAGAUGGUGGGCCAGACGCCGCAGGCCGAGGACGAGAACACGCCGCAGAAGCGGGUGGACAAGAUCUUCGAUCAGAUGGACAAGAACCACGACGACAAGCUGACGCUCGAGGAGUUUCGCGAGGGUAGCAAGGCCGACCCACGGAUAGUGCAGGCACUGUCUCUCGGCGGGCCUCCUCCCUCCGCGGACGGCUCAUAACUCUCUCGCUCGUUAGCUUGCCGUUGCGCUCGCCGCCGCAGCGCCCCCCGUCGCUCGCGGACCGCAAUGCAGCAUCCGCCCGCUCUGCCGCGGGCGCGCGCCGCCUGCCGCACUCGGCGCCCGGUGCACUGCCGCUGCGGCCGGAUCCCGCGCGGUCGUCUCGGCUGACCGCGCGCGCGAUACGCUUUACUCGUUUGCCGAGAGAGAGAGAGAGAGAGAGAGAGAGAGAGAGAGAGAGAGAGAGAGAGAGAGAGCGAGAGAGGGGGGCAGCGGAAGGGCGCGCGGUCGCGUUAUAAGCGUCUCUCGUCGGCAGCACCGCGCGGUCGAUAUAUCGAGCAGGCCAGAUCGUCGAAUCGCACGCCCAAGCCUUCUCGCGCUCUCGCGUUUCUCGUCUGGCUUUUGCUUUGGAGCCGCGCUUUCCCACCCGUCCGCCCCACCCCCUCUCCCCUAUAGCGCGCAACGAGCGUCGCGGGAAGCGCCGCGAUUGGCCUUAUUGGCAGUCCAUCUCGCCGAGGGAAGACUGCUCGCACGUGCGCGCGAGGCAGUGGGCUUUCCGUCCGUGGUGCGGUCGAGUCGGGCCAAUGUGCCGGCUCGUCGUUGCUCCCUUUCGAUCGAUAACCUCUCUCCUACUCUCUCUCUCUCUCUCUCUCUUACUCUCUGUCUUUUAGCAGCUGCCUCGAGAGGCAACAGCCACCCACGGCUUAUCGAGAGCUUGCAAAACGCUCGAGCAUCGCUUUAUCCGCUUCUCAUCGGCUUGUCGAGCAUGCACGCAAUGUCCGCGCGCGCCGCAGACGCGAACAAAUAAAACUUGUUGCACGGACAAUUGCUGUUCGCCGGAUAAAAUGAAAGCAGAGUAGUCGUUAUAUUGAAUAUAUACAUAAAUAUUGUUACAUCGCGUCAUCGCGUUAUAUACAACAGUUGAAUAAUAUUAUACCUAGUUGGCUGUUUUUACGCACGCGCAGGCAAUCCGUUUGCUCGUUCUGUUAUCGUCGAGUUAAGAUGAUUAUUUUUCAUAAUGAAAGCACAAUCAAUAUACAUUACGAAACUCUGGUACCGAUAUACAGAUGCUAGAACGACGAGCUUUUAUCCAGCCUACGUACCGCGCACGUGCGCAUUUGUCAAUUUGCAAGUUUUUCCUGAACGCCACGUCAACCCUCUUCUCUAUAUAUGUACGUAAUAAAGGCGCGCCAAGCUAUAUCUGUCUUUUUCACACGGCUUGCCAGUCUAGCAAUAAAACUUUCGCACUCUCGUUGCUGGAAUCGAUGUAGGAGCGAAGAAGAGACAAAAAGUAAAUGAUAAAAUAAAAGAAGAUUUUGCACUCUUUCGUAGACUUAGCACCGUUCGAAAUUCUGUCUUGGGAAUUUCCGCUGGCAAAGCUCGCGCUCGAUUUUCUAUAUCCAGUUUUGAAGCAUGCCGAGCUUCGUUUGUUACUUUGACGCGCUGCCCGACGAAAGUACUCGAGCGCGUGAACUACGCGUAGACGAUAUAUCUCGAAAGGUUUUUACAGUUUUCAACGAGACGUAUCCUAGAAAGUUGGCGUAUAUCUUAGAACGUAUGGCGAAGCCGCUCGUGCGCGCAUCUGCAGCUUGUAUCGACUCGGGAAUCGGUUCCUAUACGACUCGACGGAGCCCGACUAUCGACUUUCGACUAGCAAACUAUCUUCGCUGUUGGAUAUGCUUUAAUUCGGCUCUGCACCACGAUUCUCUGGUAGACCGCUUGGAAUCUCUCGGCUGUGCGUGCUCUGCGUCGCGAGUACGCGAGGCGAGUGCGUUCCCAAGAGGCAGCUCAGCCGCGCCGCCGCACGGGCAUGCCACGUUGUUGUUGUUCUUCGGAGUGGACGAGCUGCAAGCAAUCGGCGCAGAGUUAUUAAUUAAUCCUAGCUGUAAUUACACUUAAUACUUGUAUGGACGGCACCACUCGGCCGCAAACUAUAAUCUCGACGAAUCUCGGCUAUGCCCGACGGUGUAGCUUUAGCGCGUAGUCCGCUCGCAAGCUGCAAUCUUCAGCGAUUUCCGCCUCACCUAUCCACACGCUCACUUACGAUCUAAUUAAACGGCAUUACCCUUACGCGCCUAUCUACAUAUAUCUAUCUACAUAUACACGUGCACAUAUACCAUACAUUCCUAAUGAUCUUCACACGCUCGCUAUAUUUUACAAACUUUCUGUGAUAAUUAUUAACAAUCAAUAAAUGAUGGCGCGUCGUGUCCGAGAAGCGAGACGAAGUGUUAUUUGACGACAUGCCAACGCUGCGAUAUGCCUUUUUGCAAACUAUCCGACGGACCCGGCGCUCGCGCUCGUUCGCAUCUUAUACUUUCGCCAAAUCCAAUGCCACUGGGACGGAGUUCGGACAGCGCCGCGCACCGACGUCCAAGGCACGGCGCUGCGGCUCGAUUGAUCGACCGUCGCGGGACGAACAGCGUGGAAACGCGCGGAAAUUGACUAUUGUCGCUGAUGUUACGUGCGCCGCGGCCGCGUCACGCUCGUGCGUGCGCUCGAACGGCGCGCGGCGCGUCCAGGCUCGAGUAACGCCAGUCAUCGGCGCGCACCAUGCGUCACACUCCGAUACUCGAGCUAUACCAAGGAGAGCAAGAGGGAGAACGCGCACGUAAGAGGUAAAGUUCGAUCGAUGCCGCGCGAGGAAAUCUGGCCGAAGCGACGAAGGCUAUGUCUUGCUAAGAGAUAAUCGUUAAAGAAAAAGAAAAAAAGAAAAUAAUUGAAACGGAGAUAAUCGUUCUAGUUUGUUACGCUGGUCCGUUGCGUGCUGCGCCUUGUACAAUUGCCAGGAUUUCGACGAUGAAAAAUAUAUGACAAACAGUAUAUCUUUGAAUGUUGCUCGUUUUCACGAAAUUAUUACGCGCAUUGUUAUUUUAUAUGGUUCCAUACAUUUUUUCUAAGCAAUAUCGUAUUACGGUAUGGAGACAUUAAUAAAAUAAUUUUAAG